AUGAUGUACCAGUUUCAAGUCGUGCUUCUGAUAGGGCCUUCUUUAAUAGAAGCCGGCUUCUUCCUGCAAAUUUUCGAGGAUUCCGGACUAGAAGUCACCUGUCCAUCUGGAAAUCUCGUCUACAUUAAUCCAAUCUCGGGCGAUCUACAGCAGUGUGAACAACAGCUAGGGACCUACAAUGAAUCCACAUGCCCGAAAGGAACUGCAUGUGAACGAUUCCCAAUACUUAUUCCCGGUUUCCAGGAUUACUGCUGUCUGGCAAAUGGAACCGAAACUGCAGCACUGGAGGUCGCUUUGCCUUCCACGAAGGAACCUCCAUCGUUCAGUCGACGCGGAACACCUGAUCGAGGUGUGGUGGAAGCAAUUGUUGAGCGGCCAGAACCACAGGAAUCUGGCGGUAAUUGCAAAUUGAAGAGACUGGCUCAGAAUACGACCGAGAAGAAGUCACUAAGCGAACAAGAAGGCCGAAGAAUAGGAAACCUACAACAACAACGGUCGCAACCACAACGACGACGACCAAAUCGGCCAGUCAUGGUUUACCACAAUGCAAUGAUCCGAGCGACUCAGUCUUUAUUGACUAUGGGAACCGCAUGCGAGACUGCUACUUCCAGGCGACGUUGCGAACGUGGCUAUAAGUGCGAGUUCAACAAGCGAAUAAGGAGAUUCAUUUGCUGUGGACAAGACCUUGGUUUAGUACCACCUCCAGGAUUGCCAAUGCUCCCCGCUCCGAAGCCGCUGAAUCCACGAAGAGGGCUAAGACCUAAUCCACGUCCAUACGCAAUGCAAAGCGACGGUCUGGAUGACGCACCCGGCAACUCCAAGCCCCGACAUCUUACUAGAUCCUCAUGUUGCGAUUACAAUGACUGCUCGGAAGAACGAAAUUGGGAAGACGGUUGCCGAAAACAAAACAGCAGAUGCUCUAACAUUCACGACCGUAGUUUUAGCAAGUGCCAAAAUAGAAACCUGAAGGAAAAGUCAGACGAGCAUCUACGGGAACAACCCAGGCAACGGCUGCGACCUGAUUGGUCAGGGAGCGAUUGCAACAUGGAAUCAAAUGGCUGUUUUAACUCGCGUAGUAAGGGUAUUGUGGAGCAUGGAAAUUCGGAACGACAUGGAUGGGGUGAGAGACCACCGGGACCACCUGAAACACCUAGAGCAGGAUGCAAUGAGAAUUCCAUGUAUGAAGGUUGUGCAGGCUCACGAACUGGUAUGACGCGUGGUUCUUCGUUCAAGAGGAUCGAAAACGAGGAAGAGUUCGUCAGACCAGAGCGACCACCAGAGCCCUUUGACCAGCCAACUAACCGACGUCCAGCCAUCAAGCAGAGUCUUCUGAAUUCAGAGAGGGGCGACUUGAUUCCUGUAUCGAAGUUUUCUUCACGGCCGUUUGAUGGCUUUCGGAAAGCUACCUCCCCACCUAUUCCCCAAAAAAUGAAUCGCCUCUCAGCUGUAGAAAAGGAAAGACAAUCUUUGACAGUGGAUCUACAACACCCAACUUCUCUUUUAUCUCAAGAUCGCAAUCCGUUCAUGUACACAAAAGUUUUGCCUGGUUCUCGUGAAACCAACUCACCGCCUGCAUCAAUCCGCUACAGAAAACAA